AUGGGCUCAGAUGAGCUCUUGACGUCACCAUCCUUUUUAUUCUUGCUAAUGGCGAGACUGCUACUCCUCGUCAAGUUGCGGAUUCUUGGGGCUUUCGUUGCCUUGAUUCAUCUGCUCGGUCUAACGCGUGCGCCAGCUGGAUUUCCCCACUCCGGAAAUGGUUUAUGGUAUAACAAGCCUGGUACCCUCUGGUCGAGAGAGCUCCUUCCUGUUGGGAACGGAUACCAAGCGGCUAUGAUACCUGGUGGCACGAUGCAGGAAGCCACCCAGUUGAACAUAGAAUCGCUCUGGUCCGGCGGUCCAUUCGCAGACCAGGCAUACAACGGUGGCAAUAAGCUACCACGCGAACAAACUGCAAUGGCUGAAGCUAUGCAAAGUAUUCGUCAAACAAUAUUUAACGAUCCAACUGGCGACAUAGACACCAUCGAGGUCCUGGCCACGGAUCCUGGGCAAUACGGGUCAUAUGCUGGUGCUGGGUAUCUUCUCUCCAAUAUUAAUAGUACAGGGCCUGUGACGGGUUAUUCCCGUUGGCUUGACCUCGACGAAGGCGUCGCACGCACGACUUGGACACAAGCAGGGGCCAAAUAUCUCCGCACGACGUUCUGUUCACAUCCCACCCAAGCGUGUACUCAACACAUUACGACAACAACGCCGUCAGCCUCGCUCCCUUCUCUUUCAUACACAUUUUCCCCAGGGUUGGAGCAUAACUUGCCAGCUCCAAACGUAACAUGUCUCAACUCUUCCUCCCUUCUUGUGCGCGGGUUCGUCUCCGUUGCGCCAAGCCCCCCAAGUAUGCUCUAUUCUUUCAUCUUCCGAGUCUCUGCCUCCACGGCGUCCUCCUCCGUACGAUGCAUUCAGUUCCCCGUCCCAUCUGGGUCUCCUCCGAACGCCACCAUCGAGGUUACUGGCACCGACAAUUCAGCUGGUUUGCAAGAGGCACACGUCACUUGGGUAGGCAGCACGGAUUACUCAAUGGACGCCGGAGACGCAGCACACAAUUUUACAUUCCGCGGUGCCGAUCCGCAUUCAUCGUUACUGGCGCUUCUCUUGUUAUCUCCAGCGACUUUCUCUGUUCAGUCGCUUUUGGACCAGCAUAUUCAAGACUACAAAGCCACACUGACGACGCCAUUUUGCCUGUCAUUUUCUAGUUCGACUUGGUCUAUCCGCAAUCUCGUUGACAUCCCCACUGAUAUUCUCCUUUCUCAGUAUGCGAUUGAUGCUGGAGGGAAAGCAAACGUCUACCUCGAGUGGGUGAUGUUCAAUUAUGGUCGAUAUUUGUUGGCGAGUAGCGCGCGGGGGUUAUUGCCCGCCAAUCUGCAGGGAAAGUGGGCGAAUGGAAUUGGCAAUGCAUGGUCUGCUGAUUCAAAUAUCAAUAUACAAAUGAAUUACUGGAUUGCAGAGACCACAAAUUUGGAUGUUACGCAAUCCUUGUUUGACUUUCUUCAGAAAACGUUGGCUCCUCGAGGAGCAGAGACAGCUAAAGUGUUGUAUAACAUCACUCGGGGAUGGGUAACGCAUAAUGAGAUUUUUGGACAUACGGGAAUGAAACUUGGGGGCGGGACUUUCGCUCAAUGGAUGAUUCAUGUUUGGGACCACUUUGACCACACUAACGACGUCACCUGGUGGAAAUGCCAAGGCUGGCCUCUCAUCAAGGGUGUCGCAAGCUUUCACCUUGAUAAACUUAUCCCUGAUCUCUACUUCAAUGACUCAACGCUUGUCGUCACCCCAUGCAAUUCACCCGAACAAACGCCCAUCACAUUCGGCUGUGCACAUGCCCAACAAUUGAUUUGGCAGCUUUUAAACGCUGUAGAAAAGGGAUUCGCUGCAUCUGGGGACACAGAUGUAGUUUUUCUCGACGAGGUUCGAGCCAAACGCGAUAAAAUGGACAAGGGGCUGCACAUUGGCUCUUUGGGGCAACUUCAAGAAUGGAAAGUCGAAAAAGAUUCACUAACAGACACUCACCGUCAUCUUUCGCACUUGAUUGGUCUAUAUCCUGGAUAUGCUAUCAUUUCAUACGAUGAAUCCCUACAAGGUGGCGGCAAGCAAACCACGUACACCAAGGACGAAGUGGUGUCUGGUGCUUUGAUCAGCCUCCUUCAUCGAGGGAACGGAACCGGUCCAGAUGCUGAUUCCGGCUGGGAAAAAGUUUGGCGUGCGGCUGCGUGGGCACAACUGGGAGACCGUGAUAGAUUUUAUCAUGAACUUUCGUUCGCCGUCUCUGAAAACUUUGGGGAAAAUUUAUUUAGUCUGUACGACCCAUCCGACUCAGAAGCUAUUUUCCAGAUCGACGGGAACCUGGGAUAUUCCGCUGCUGUAAUGAACGCAAUAAUUCAAGCACCUGACGUGCCAACUCUUGCGACGCCCCUGAUCAUCACACUCCUCCCCGCUCUUCCAAAACAAUGGGACACUGGGUCUAUCAAAGGUGUGCGUGUGCGGGGAGGUAUCAGCAUCAAUCUUUGUUGGACUGAAGGGAAACUAAAACAAGCCUCCUUCUCGGUCGAUGCCCUUAUAAUUUCGAGGCCGGUGAAAGUGGUUUAUGCUGGCAAGGUCCUCCGUUCUUUCAUAACGUCGCCAGGCUCGAGGGAAGAUAUCACAGGUUUAUGA